AUGUGCCCUCCCGGUACCGACCAAACAACUCGGGGCCCACAGCGGUGGCAUCUUCUCGCGCCAUCACUCAAGCAGAGCUUCCGGCCUUUCCAGUCUACCGGAUGGAGCGAGCGCAACUUUUCAGACCUCUCGCUGUCGGAUUUGAAGAACACCACAUUCGCCUUUCGGAAACUUUCACGACUGAAUGUCACCUCAUCUGGCGUUGGCGAAGGACCCAUCCCUUCCAAGAAACAGCUUUCCCCGAUCGAGGACUUACCAGCCGAGCUACUUGCCCUCAUCAACCGCAGUUUGGGAGAGACAGAUAUCCUUGCUCUAGGAGCAUGCUCUCGGACCCUCUGGAUGCAUGCCCUGCAACAUAUUCAAGCCGAUCAUCGAAAAUCCAUCGCGGCAUGGGCUGGGACACCGCUGAUCUUCACGGGCAGCUAUCUGACAACCUUACCUUCGACGCUCUACGAGAAGUUUCCAUAUCUCCAGCAGGAAGAAAUCGAAUAUGACAGCCGACAGAGGUUCGAUAUGGGCCGCGGAUGUCCUGCGAACGGCAUGUGUCCCGCGCGCAGAUGGAACUGGGAUGCUGUCAGUUCGUACGAGGCUGUAGAUGGCAAGACUUGUCAUGAGAAAUGGCGAAGUACGCUUUUGACUGUGCCCGACUUGGAGCAGAAGACACUACAAAGGCUUCAUGGCGACCUUGACAAAGUCUUCCGUGCGUCUGUAGAUGGCCGAUGGUUUCUGAGGAACCUCACACUCAAGCAGUUCGUCAAGCUCUACGUCAGUGGCACAAACGCACCAGGACAACUCCAGGUAAAUGUUUCAGGCUCGCCAUGGCUCUCACUCGACAUGGCUCUUCUCGUGCGGACACGCUGGUCGACACCAGGGACGAUAUCUUAUGAGAAAGAGGGGGAAGAGACAGGUGCGUGGGCUGGGCAUUGUUUCGAUGUAGUCCAAGAGCAACCCGAAGACGAGGAUUGGGAAGAUGCAACGGUGGCUGUCAGGGAUGCGGCUAGAGAGAUUGUGGAAAAGAAGCAGUCCUCUGAGAGCAAUCCUCUGAGAGCAAUCGUCUGA